UUGGCAGCUCUCCACUUCUCAUUGCAAGUCAUCAAACAUUCUAUUUAGAAAAUAAACCCUAAUACAAAAGAUGACUUGUUCCAAGGUUUUCCUGUGUUUGUUUCUUGGUGCACUAGUUUACACAGCUAGUGCUAGGAAGCUAGCUACCACUCACUCCUAUGAUGAUGAGAAGUUUCUUUUCGGGCAUCAUGGUGGAGGCUUAGGAGGUGGAGGUGGUGGAGGAUUUGGUGGUGGAGGCGGAGGUGGACUUGGUGGCGGUGCCGGUCUUGGAGGUGGUUCUGGAUUUGGAGGUGGUGCUGGUGCUGGUGGAGGAGCUGGUGGUGGACUUGGAGGUGGAGGUGGUGGAGGAUUUGGCGGAGGUGGUGGAGGUGGUCUAGGUGGUGGUUCUGGUGGCGGUGCUGGGUUUGGAGCCGGAGGAGGAGCUGGAGCUGGUGGUGGAUUGGGUGGAGGAGCAGGUGGUGGUGGAGGGUUUGGAGGUGGUGGAGGCGGUGGGCUCGGUAGCGGGCUUGGUGGUGGUGCCGGAGCUGGAUUUGGUGGAGGUGCUGGUGCUGGUGGAGGACUUGGACAUGGAUUUCCUUGAACACAUUCCACCAAAAUUAAAAAUCACAAGGCCUACAUACAAUACUACGCUUAUUACUAAGUAAUACCCUAGUAUUCGUACUAAUAAUUUACUUAUUGAUCAUGUCUUAUAUCGUCAUGUACUUAAGAAUGAAUUGCAUGUAAUGUAACUGUCAACAAGUGCUUUAAGCGUUCCUGAUUGGUGCUUUGCUUUAGCUUUGUAGUGAUACACUUGAAAAGUGUUAGUGUAUGUUCAAUUGUUCAUCAAUAUAAUCUCCCAUUUAUUAUUGUUACAUUUC